AAGUAGAAAUUGAUGAAAACAAAUUCUGUGGAGAAAUCAGAGAAACCAGGAGUCACAUUUGGGGCAUUUCAUCUUUACUCAUUUCAGAAAAGUACCAACAUGUAUACUGGAGAGAAAUUCUACAAGUGCCCCCAAUGUAGGAAAGCUUUUAAUAAAAGCUCAAAACUCAUUUUACAUCAGAGAAUUCAUGUUGGAGAAAACCCUUGUGAAUGCAAUGACUGUGGGAAAGGUUUCCAUCAUAGGUCAAAACUUAAGAUACAUCGGAGGGCACAUACUAGAAAAAAUCCUUAUCAAUGCAAUGACUGUGGGAAAAUGUUUAUUAAUGACUCAAAACUUAUUUUACAUCAGAGUAUUCAUACUGGUGAGAAGCCUUUUAAAUGUAAUGAUUGUGGGAAAGUCUUCAGUCAUAGGUCAAAACUUAUUAUACACCAGAGAAUUCAUACUGGUGAGAAGCCUUUUAAAUGUCAUGAUUGUGGGAAUGCCUUUAAUCAGAGUUCCACCCUCCUUCAACACCAGAGAAUUCAUACUGGUGAGAAGCCAUUUAAAUGUGAUGAUUGUGGGAAGGCCUUUAAUCAGAAUUCCCACCUCCUUCAGCACCAGAGAAUUCAUACUGGUGAGAAGCCAUUUCAAUGUAAUGAUUGUGGGAAGGCCUUUAAUAGGAGUUCCCACCUCUUUCAACACCAGAGAAUUCAUACUGGUGAGAAGCCAUUUAAAUGUGAUGAUUGUGGGAAGGCCUUUAAUUGGAUUUCCAGCCUCCGUAAACACCAGAGAAUUCAUACUGGUCAGAAGCCAUUUCAAUGUAAUGAUUGUGGGAAGACUUUUAAUCAGAAUUUCAACCUCUCUGUUCACCAAAGGAUUCAUACUAGUGAGAGGCCAUUUCAAUGUAAUGAUUGUGGGAAGGCCUUUAUUCGGAGUUCCACUCUCCUUCAACACCAGAGAAUUCAUACUGGUGAGAAGCCAUUUCAAUGUCAUGAUUGUGGGAAGGCCUUUAAUCAGAGUUCCCACCUCUUUCAACACCAGAGAAUUCAUACUGGUGAGAAGCCAUUUAAAUGCGAUGAUUGUGGGAAGGCCUUUAAUCAGAAUUCCAACCUCCGUAAACAUCAGAGAAUUCAUACUGGUGAGAAGCCAUUUAAAUGUAGUGAUUGUGGGAUGGCCUUUAAUGAGAGUUCCAAUCUCCUUAAACACCAGAGAAUUCAUACUGGUGAGAAGCCAUUUAAAUGUCAUGAUUGUGGGAAGGCCUUUAAUCAGAGUUCCAACCUCCUUAAACAUCAGAGAAUUCAUACUGGUGAGAAGCCUUUUAAAUGUAAUGAUUGUGGGAAGGCCUUUAAUCAGAGUUCAAAUUUAAUUGUCCAUCAGAGAAUUCAUACUGGAAAGCUUAUUAAAAAAUCAUGAAUGUGGUAAAGAUUUCAGUAAGAGAACAAACUUCCUGGUACAUCAGAGAAUUCACACUGGUGAGGAACCUAAUAAAUGUGAAGGGUGUGAGAAAGUCCUCAGUUUUCAGUCAUAAUUUCUUGACCAUCAGAGGGCCCAUAUUGGUGAGAAACUUUAGUAAUAUGAUGAAUAUGCCAA